AUGAAUAGAAUAUUAAUUGUAUUUAUUAUAUUGGUAGGAUUAUAUGUCAGUCCAAUAGUGUCAACUUGUCGACCGAGAAAUAUAUGUUCUCCAGCUGGAUCCUACUCUUCUUGUAAUCCACAAAAAGGAGUAAUGUGUAUGAUAUCAGAAUAUUGUAAUACAACUUCAUGUGUUCCAAAUAAAUUAGAGGGUGAUCCUUGUGGAAGUACUCCUUGUGGUAGUACAAUUUAUUGUAUCCAAAAGAAUUGUUGGACACCUGGAAUAAAGACUUAUGGUGAGUCGUUUAGCAAUUCCAUUCAGUGUGGUGGUGAAAUGUCAAAAUACUACAAUUCAACUGUUUGCACUAGAUCUUUGGACGACGCAUGCACGGUAAAUUCAGAAUGCCCAGUACAAUAUUAUUGUGAUGCACGUCUAAGUAAUUGUAGACAACAAGGAAGAGAGGGUGAGUCUUGCGACCCUAGUUACAACAACAACUAUGACGACUUUGCAAAAACCAAUAUCCCAUCUUCCAACAGUUCAUUAAUUGGACAAUGUCUACCCCAUCUUUCAUGUAUUGCCAAGACUAAUAAUACAAAUAAUAACAACAACAACAAUCAAUCCGAUUAUACAUGUCAAUUAAAAUUCUCUUUAAAGUCAAAUAUGCAAUGUAAUAACUUUGAUCAAUGUGGAAUUAAUUUAGCUUGUAUAUCUGGUAAAUGUUUACCUUACAAAAAUCAAGAUAAUAGUUCAAAAGUUUGUAGUGAUGAUCGGGAUUGUAUAGCAGGAUCAGAGAUUUGUCUAUGUGGACCUAACAGUUCAACUAAUAAUGGUGCAGGUACAUGUAAGGCAAUUGUAGAUACAUCUGUAGAGUGUGUCGAUGCACUCAAUACCUAUUAUCAAUGCAUGUCCUAUAGUAAAUGUCAAGAUGCCGAUAGUCCUUGGGGAAGAGAGACAUGCGCCAACAAACAAUGUGGAAAAUACUUUUGUGCAAAGAUGAGGUUAUGCGACCACAACUUGCAAAAUGUUGUAUUAUUAAAUUCACAACCUUGUAUAGAUUCUACCAACAAUAAUCCAAUAUGUUCUCAAUUCAACAUUGCAUUUAUACCUCCUAAAAUUUGUAUAGUAGUAGAGUCUAAUUGUAGACCUAAUCAAAAAUGUUCUUAUAAUGGACAGAUUUGUAAUAAUGGAAUUCCAUGUGUUUUUUCACAAGAAUGUAUUUUGAAUAUGGAUGAAAUGGAGUAUAGAUGUAUGGACAAGAGAGAUGAAGGAUCUAAAUGUGGAAAAGAUUGUGGUGGUGGAAUGACUUGUUAUAAUGGUGAAUGUUAUGGAUACCAUACGUUGACACUUGGUGAAACUUGUUUGGUUGAUGCUCAAUGUGGUGGUGGAUCUAUGAAAUGUAUUGGUGCUCCCAUAUGUAAUACAUCUGGAAGAUGUAGUAAUGGAGUUUGUGUAACUGGACAAACAGGAUUAUCAUGUAGCGAUAACAGUCAAUGUCUAAAAACACAAUGUACCUCAUCUGGAGAGGGACCUGGGAAAUGCCAGAAACUACUGACAAGUGAUAAUGAAUCUAGUUGUUUAAAGAAUUCAGAGUGCCCACCAUCAGACUAUUGUGACGUUAGAUCAUUCCAAUGUAGAAACAAAGGAAGAGAAGGUGAAGCAUGUGAUCCAGCCUACAAUAGUAAAACCUACGAUCAAAUUAGUAACCCUAUAGCCAAUACGAUCGAUCAAUUAUUAAUUGGUCAAUGUCUACCACACCUUUCAUGUGUCAAGAAAUCAGACACUCAAUUCCAUUCAUGUCAAUUAAAAUUCUCGUCCAAGUUGAAUCAGCCUUGUAAUCAUUAUGAUCAAUGUUCAAUUGGUUUAGCUUGUAUUAAAGGACAUUGUGAAAAAUAUUCUAAAAGUAAUGGUACUGCUACUACUUUGUGUAGUGGUGACACGGAUUGCAUUGAAGGUGUAGAAUUGUGUAUGUGUGGACCAUACAAGAAUGGGAUGGGAAUAUGUCAACCAAUUAUAGAUUCAUCACCACAGUGUAUUGGAGCGAUAUUUACAUACUACCAAUGUAUGUCAUUUAGUCGUUGUCAAGAUUCAGAUAAUCCAUGGCCUAGUACAACAUGUGCCAAUCAACAAUGUGGUAAAUACCUUUGUGACAAGAUGUCUAAAUGUGACUAUGCCAUUCAUGAUGUCUAUCAAAGUGGAGACUAUUCUAAAUGUUUUGACUUGGGUUCUCGAAAUAGAGUUUGUAGUCAAUUCAAUACUCUAUUUAUUCCACCAUUUGGUUUAUACUCCAAUACUACCAAACAAAUAACCUUUUCCGAUGAUGAUCAUACACCAAGUUUAGAUUCUUCGUUGUCUGUUAGAUUACCAGUACAAUUAGCAAUAUCAUCAUCACUGUUAUUAUUAUCAAUGGCAUUAUUAAAUAUUCUAAUCAUAUAA